CAACGUGGUGAAUCUCGUGUGUUCUGCUCGUGUUUAUAGUGGAAGCAGGGGGAAGUUCUUGAUUCCGAUGUGUAGGUAUAGAAAAUAAUUUAAAAGUGUAUGCAUUCUCGAUAUCCUUUCGAAAGGACCUUCGCGCAAGUAUUGGUACAUAUCAGGAUUAAUUUUCGUGUAUGUAGUAGCAGUUUACUUAUGUGCAGUGCACAGCACACACGCCGAGAUUGCUACAGCAAUCUUUCGUAGGGGGAACAAUCCGUGGCUGGUUUUGUCGGUCGAUUCAAUCGUUGUGAACAUCAAGUGGAAGCUAGACGCGAGUUUCCGCGAAUCCUGCUGUCGCGCUAUUUUUUUAGUCAAUCAUAUUCCUGGUUAAUGAGCGCGUGGUUUCGUAAUUUCGAGAAGGAUUAGUGGAUGCGGUAAAACAGUAAUCCGUGCGUUCUAUGAUAUCGAUUUACUUAACCGAAUCUUUGAACUAUUGGUCAAUGGAUUAGACAGAAGUGGUAGGUUGUCCGAAUUGCGCCAGCAUUUUCGGGGAAGAAACUGCCAAGAAGUGUGCUGCCGCAAAUUUCGUUGAAAGGGGGAAAGUAAACAAAACGCAACAGAACCGGAGAAGAUUCGUUUGCUCUACUGCUGUGGCUGCGGUGGCUUGCAUAAGGGGAGUGAAGCAGGUUCGACAAGAAAAUGGUACAGGCAAUCGACGAAUACGAUAUUCAACCGGAUCUACCGCAGGCUCUCCGGUUGCUGGACGAGAUGAACAAUAAUUUCAAGCAGGUGUCCGAUCAUGUCGGUACUAUGCUGCAGCGCGUUAAGACGGGUGAACUAUCCACCGAGUACGGCCUCAACUUUCUCGAGAUAAAAUAUCACAUGCUGCUCAACUAUCUUAUAAAUCUGACUUAUGUGGUUCUACGGAAGUGCUCUGGACACAAAAUCGAGAAAGAUCCAUCCAUAGAUCGAUUAAUAGAAAUUCGCACGGUACUGGAAAAGAUUCGUCCAAUUGACUACAAACUGCGCUAUCAGAUCGACAAGCUAGUUAAAACGGCAGUCACCGGAACUAGUUCUGCCGAUGAUCCGACCUCGUUCAAAGCUAAUCCCGCUAAUAUGAUGUCACAGAUUCCAGACACGCCAGACGGUGGCGGUUCCGAUGACGAAUCGGACGAUUCGGCAAAGAUCAUGCAAAAGCUCCGGAAAGCGAAGGCAGCUAAAUCAGGUGCCAGUGCGGAACUAAGCGGUAGUAAUGACGUAUAUGUACCUCCAAAGCACAUGGCUGUCCCCUACGAGGAUGAAUCGAAAUCGGAACGAGAGCGGAAGCAGAUGGCGAGGGCGCGAAAACGUGCUCUCGGAUCUUCACUGAUACAGGAACUGAAGGACGAAUAUCUGGACACACCACUGGAGGUGUCCUCGAGCUCGAGAGCACUGCGGGUGUUGUCCCGUAAAGAACGCGAGAGGGAAGAGUACGAGGAAAAGUAUCUCACCCGUUUGCCUAUGACCAAGGCGGAAAGACACAGGAGCCGGAAGUUGACAACGUUGGGCACACUCGGCGAUGAAUUGACCAGCUUCGGUGAUAUCAGCGUUCUGGACGACGAGCUUCCAUCAUCGUCAAAGGGUGGUAAAAAGCGCAAAGCUUCCAAGGGCGGCAAAAAGCACGGUAAGAAGCGACGUUUCCGCUAAGUGGACAAAGCAAGCAACAAAAAGCUUUGUAAUGUUUGGGGCGACCAACUUUUUUUCAUAUAAAUUAAUCAUAUAUAUGUUCUUUUCCGUUGCUAAAUAAUUAUUGUAUUAAGAAAAACUUAAGAAAUGCUUUGAUUGA